AUCAGUGACACAUUUGCUUGUUCCGUUUACCUUAGUGCCCCUUUCCACCGUUGCAGGUCGUGUCGUGACUCCUCACAAAGAGUUUUAACGUUCAAUGAAUCACUAAAAAAAAUGAUGUAAAACUAUGACAAAGGUACGUUCCUCCAGAAAAGAAAAAAAAAAUUCAAGCGAAAAUCAUUUCUGUAGGGUUUUGAGUUUAAUGUUAAUUGUUUUUGGUGAAUACUGCUUACCCAUUUGCUCAAAUCUAGCGUAGUAGUUUUCUUUGCAUGUAGUUGUGAAGAGAGUUGGAUAUAAGGGGAGGCACGUUGUUGGGAUUGGGGUUGGGGUUUCUUGUGUUUUGUGUGAACCCUAGAUCGGAAUAAUGGAAACCCCGUCUUCAAAUGGAUCGGUUUCGAAGCGUUCGCUGAGGAGGAAGGUGAAUUUGAGGAACUAUGAUGAGGAUCUGAUGGAUGAGAUGUUUGAGAAGCAGUUGGGAGGUGGUUUGAAGAAGAGGAGUAGGACUAAGGAAGAUUUGGAGAAGGAAACUGAGACUGAGGCUAUGAUUGCGAUGUCGCUCGGUUUUCCUAUUGAUGCUUUGCUUGAGGAGGAGAUUAAAGCUGGGGUUGUGAGGGAGUUGGGUGGGAAGGAGCAGAAUGAUUAUAUAGUCAUAAGGAAUCAUAUAUUGGCUCUGUGGAGGAGGGGGAAUGUCAGGUUGUGGUUGAGUAAAGGGAUGGUUAGAGAAACUGUGAGCAAUGAGUAUGAUCAUUUGAUUAAUUCUGCUUAUGACUAUCUUUUGUAUAACGGCUACAUAAAUUUUGGCGUUUCACCCGCGUUUACUUCUCAGUUGCCCGAGUCAACUGAGGGGACUGCGGUUGUUAUUGGUGCUGGCCUUGCCGGGUUGGCAGCAGCGAGGCAACUCUUGUCGUUUGGUUACAAGGUUGUGGUUUUGGAAGGCAGGAGCCGGCCUGGUGGUCGAGUUUAUACUCAGAAGGUGGGGCGCGAGGGUAAGUUUGCUUCCAUUGAUCUUGGUGGGAGUAUUAUUACAGGCAUUCAUGCUAACCCUUUAGGGGUUCUGGCUCGACAGCUUUCUAUACCACUUCAUAAAGUCAGAGAUGAUUGCCCUUUGUAUAAGCCAAAUGGGGCACCGGUUGAUAAGGAAACGGAUGCAAGCGUUGAAUUUGUAUUCAAUAAGUUGCUUGACAAGGUUAUGGAGUUGAGGCAAAUUAUGGGUGGGUUCGCAAGUGAUACCUCUCUUGGUUCGGUCUUGGAGAUGCUCAGGCGGUUGUAUAAUGUGACCCGAAGUACAGAUGAGAAGCAGUUGCUUGAUUGGCAUCUUGCAAAUUUGGAAUAUGCAAAUGCUGGGUGCCUUUCAAAUCUUUCGGCUGCCUAUUGGGAUCAAGAUGAUCCUUAUGAAAUGAGCGGUGAUCACUGCUUUCUUGCUGGAGGAAAUAUGGGGUUGAUAAAAGCUUUAUGUGAAGGAGUUCCUGUUUUUUAUGGAAAGACCGUCAAUACUAUCAGAUAUGGAAAUGAGGGUGUUGAGGUUAUUGCUGGGGAACAUGUCUUUCAAGCAGAUAUCGCCUUAUGCACUGUGCCUCUUGGAGUUCUUAAAAAGAAGGCCAUCAGUUUUGAACCUGAAUUGCCUGCAAGGAAAUUGGAAGCAAUUGAGAGGAUGGGGUUUGGGCUGCUGAACAAGGUUGCUAUGGUUUUUCCUCAUGUGUUUUGGGGGGAAGAUCGAGACACAUUUGGAUGUCUCAAUGAACAUAGUCAUCAACGUGGGGAAUUUUUCCUAUUUUACUGUUACCAUACAGUUUCUGGAGGUCCAGCACUUAUUGCGCUGGUGGCUGGUGAAGCUGCACAAGCCUUUGAAUCCACAGAUGCUUCCAUUUUGCUGCAUCGGGUUUUGACCGUGUUAAAAGGAAUAUUUCAUCCCAAAGGCAUCAUUGUGCCUGAUCCAAUACAGUCAAUUUGUACAAGAUGGGGCAGUGAUCCCCUUUCUUAUGGUUCCUACUCUCAUGUUAGCGUUAAUUCAUCUGGUGCCGAUUAUGAUAUACUCGCUGAAAACGUGGGGAAUAGAUUGUUCUUUGCUGGUGAGGCCACGAGUAGGCAAUACCCAGCUACUAUGCAUGGUGCUUUCUUGAGUGGCUUAAGGGAAGCAUCACACAUUUACCGAUCAGCUCGGAUUCAAAACAAUCCUAGGAAGUGCAUGCCUAAGAAUAUCGUAAGCAAUGACAUCCUGGGUGAUUUAUUCAAGUGGCCUGAUUUGGAAUUUGGGAAGUUUGCUUUCAUUUUUUAUCCGUCUCCAGAAAAUCUGCAGUCAACGGGGCUUCUGCAAGUCACUAUUGGUGAUGCUGAAGAAAUUUAUGAGGAGCUGUUUAGCAGCUACCCAAAUGCAGCAAAGUGGCCCUUGCAGCUGUACACUAUAAUAUCCCGUGAACAAGCCCAGCAGCUACAAAAAGUUGAGGGAGGGAAUGAAAGCCGGUUAUCCUUUUUGGUAAAAACCCUUGGCUUAAAGCUUAUGGGGCCAAAUGCUUUGCUUACUGCAGGCAACACAUUGAUAGCUAGCAUAGCUCAUUCACGGAAAGGCCGGUGGAGGAACCGUGUAAUUACUUGUUAACACCAUAUCUUAAAGAGACACAGUUUGUGUAUCUUGUCUUGUUGAAUUGAAAACUGUGCUAUAGACACCCUUAAAAAAGGAAUUGCUUGAAAUGAGCAUGACUUUUUUCUUUUCUGCUUCUGGGGUGAAAAGUCUGUAUAUAAUAUAGACUUUCAUAGACAAUUGAUUUGCGGCCACAGAUAGAGGAUUUUUGGAGGCUUGACUGGAGAGAUGAUUCAAUUUCUGAAGGAAAUCUUCAGUCUCAUUUUGAGAUGUUUCUGUUAGCUGAUCAUAGUGUCAUAGAACCCAGGAAAAUUAGUUGAAUUUUGAAGACAGAGAUAUUGAUACUCCAAGAGGGGUGGAGAAUUAGUAUACAGAGGGGUUCAAUGCCCCCAAUUGUUUGUACCAUGAAGUACUUACCGUUAAUCCACCCCAUGGAGAACAUUAGUGUUUUUCUUUUCUUUUCUUUUUUCUGGAGGGCCUGUGGCCUGUGUGCCUCACUUGUAACUUGUAUUGUAUCACGUUUUCUUAAUUCCUUGAUUGGUUCUAUAUAGAAGGCUUGCAUGUUGUAGAACAGCUUCA